CAGCGAGAUGCCGGCCACGCAGCGCCGGCCCCGGCAGCAGCAGCGAGAUGGCCAGCACAACUGAAACACUACUGCAGCAAGAUGUCACAGCAGCCGGACUGAUCAGCGCCGGCCCCAGCGAGAUGCCGGCCACCAGCGCCGGCCCCGGCAGCAGCAGCGAGAUGGCCAGCACAACUGAAACACUACUGCAGCAAGAUGUCACAGCAGCCGGACUGAUCAGCGCCGGCCCCAGCGAGAUGCCGGCCACCAGCGCCGGCCCCGGCAGCAGCAGCGAGAUGGCCAGCACAACUGAAACACUACUGCAGCAAGAUGUCACAGCAGCCGGACUGAUCAGCGCCGGCCCCAGCGAGAUGCCGGCCACCAGCGCCGGCCCCGGCAGCAGCAGCGAGAUGGCCAGCACAACUGAAACACUACUGCAGCAAGAUGUCACAGCAGCCGGACUGAUCAGCGCCGGCCCCAGCGAGAUGCCGGCCACCAGCGCCGGCCCCGGCAGCAGCAGCGAGAUGGCCAGCACAACUGAAACACUACUGCAGCAAGAUGUCACAGCAGCCGGACUGAUCAGCGCCGGCCCCAGCGAGAUGCCGGCCACCAGCGCCGGCCCCGGCAGCAGCAGCGAGAUGGCCAGCACAACUGAACACUACUGCAGCAAGAUGUCACAGCAGCCGGACUGAUCAGCGCCGGCCCCAGCGAGAUGCCGGCCACCAGCGCCGGCCCCGGCAGCAGCAGCGAGAUGGCCAGCACAACUGAAACACUACUGCAGCAAGAUGUCACAGCAGCCGGACUGAUCAGCGCCGGCCCCAGCGAGAUGCCGGCCACCAGCGCGGCCCCCAGCAGCAG